GAGGAGGAGGACGAGGAGGGCUACACCGCGCGGGCGCUGUACGACUACCAGGCCGCCGCGCCCGACGAGAUCAGCUUCGACCCCGACGACAUCAUCACCAACAUCGUCAUGGUGAGUAGAGGAGGAGGAGGACGAGGAGGGCUACACCGCGCGGGCGCUGUACGACUACCAGGCCGCCGCGCCCGACGAGAUCAGCUUCGACCCCGACGACAUCAUCACCAACAUCGUCAUGGUGAGUAG